AUGGCUGUUAAGAAAUUCUCUAACAAACUUCCUCAACAUGCAGUGUUGAAGCAAAUCCUCAAAAGAUGUUCAAGCUUAGGCAAGAAAAACGACUAUGACGAUAACGAAUACCCCAUUGAUGUACCAAAAGGUCAUUUCCCUGUCUACGUUGGUGAAAACCGAAGCAGAUACAUUGUUCCAAUCUCUUUCUUAACUCACCCUGAGUUUCAAUCUCUUCUUCGUCAAGCUGAAGAAGAAUUUGGAUUCGACCAUGAUAUGGGUCUUACCAUUCCUUGUCAAGAAGUUGUUUUUCAGUCUCUGACAUCCAUGAUACGAUGA